CUGGAGCCUAGACUCAACCUGGUUUCAAAAACAAGUUCCCCCUGGAACCGAGUACAGGUCGUGCUGCAGUUAGUUCAUUGAAAACUCAGUUGCUGCCUGAGCGCUUGGACAGAGACUGCUUUCGGCUUUUUUUUUUCUGCUGAUUGUUAAGAUCUCCUAUAGAGAACUACAACAAUGCCCAAAAGAAAGGCUGCGGGUCAAGGUGACAUGAGGCAGGAGCCAAAGAGAAGAUCAGCCAGACUGUCUGCUAUGCCCGUGCUCAUUACACCAGAGUUGAAGCCCAAAAGAACAUCAACUCCAAAGAAAAUGAAGACAAAAAAUGAUAUAGUGGAAAAAAAUACAGAUGCAGGUGCCAAAGCAAUAGCUGAAAAGAAGCAAGAAGAAGUUAUUAAAGGAGAAUGUAAUGCUGAAAAUGGAGAAGCCAAAAUUAUGGAGGUGGAUAUGCACCUCCAUUGCACAGGGAUACAGGACUUGGUGCACCAGCUCCUGAAAAAGAACUUGAGGAAAUGAAAGAAGAAAAAAACAAAGAUGUUGAAGAAGAGGGAAUAGAAAAGAAGGAAGUAGUGGAAGUAGCUGGAGAAGAUGAAAAAUA